UUUUCAUCCUGCGUAAAGCUCCAAGUACGAGCAUCUGAUUACGUGGCAAAUUCCCAUUGGUGGACACGAACAUCAAUAACGUGGCAAAAACAAUUACGCCCAAUUAUAUUUAUUUUACCACCACUUCCGUCGAAAUUUGUCCCGAACGGAAUAAAAUUGAGAUACCACAGUACCGAUCGGCCGCCGGCGAUGGUACACCGGAAAAUCCAGCAUCUGAGCUGCGCUCUCCUGCUUCUCUCCCUCCUACCUCUCACCACGCGCGCUCGCCCCUUCGUGCUCGUCCUCUCCCAGGACGAUCUCUCUGACCCCGCCGCCGCCCCCAAUUACCCCGCCGCCGCCGCCGACGACGUCGCCGAUUUCGAUGACUUCCCGGAUUCCGAGUCCAAGCCGGACUCAAUACUCGACCCUGGGUCGUGGUCCCCACUCUUCGAGCCCGAUCCGAGUUUCAAAAGCCCUAACCCUAACGACGACGACGACGAGGCGAUUUACUACAACGGGGUGAGUAGGAUGGUGGAGGCGUCCAGUAGAGGGGAAUUCAGGAUUAUGGAGGAGGCGGCGUCGGAGAUCGAGGCGGCUGCCGCGCUGGGCCAGCCGCACGGGCAGUCGGUGAUGGGGUUUUUCUACAGUAUGGGGAUUGGAAGGGAGAGGAACGAGGGUAAGGCGUUUUUGCAUCACCAUUUCGCGGCGCAGGGUGGGAAUAUGCAGUCGAAGAUGGCCUUAGCAUACACUUACUAUCGACAAGAAAUGCAUGACAAAGCAGUUAAGCUGUAUGCUGAAUUGGCAGAGGUAGCAGUGAACAGUUUUCUCAUCUCGAAAGACUCACCUGUGAUUGAACCAAUUAGAAUCCACAAUGGCGCCGAGGAAAACAAAGAAGCUCUCAGAAAGUCCAGAGGAGAGGAGGAUGAGGAUUUCCAGAUUUUGGAAUACCAGGCACAAAAAGGCAACGCAGGAGCUAUGUAUAAAAUUGGAAUAUUUUAUUACUUUGGUUUGAGAGGUGUGAGACGCGAUCAUGCUAAGGCAUUACGGUGGUUCUCAAAGGCAGUAGAGAAGGGUGAGCCUAGGUCAAUGGAACUUCUUGGAGAGAUAUAUGCACGAGGUGCUGGGGUUGAAAGGAACUAUUCUAAGGCUCUAGAAUGGCUUACGCUUGCAUCAAGACAACAACUUUAUUCAGCGUACAAUGGCAUGGGAUAUUUAUAUGUUAAGGGUUAUGGAGUGGAGAAAAAGAACUACACAAAGGCAAAGGAGUACUUUGAGAAAGCUGCCGAAAAUGAAGAAGCUGGUGGAUUCUACAACCUUGGGGUGAUGUAUCUAAAGGGUCUAGGGGUGAAACGGGAUUUGAAAAUAGCAACCAAGUACUUUGCACUUGCUGCUAAUGCAGGUCAACCAAAAGCAUUCUACCAAUUAGCAAAAAUGUUUCAUACUGGUGUGGGCCUCAAGAAGAAUCUGCAAAUGGCAACAGCGUUAUAUAAACUAGUUGCAGAGCGUGGACCAUGGAGUUCUUUGUCUAGAUGGGCACUAGAGUCAUAUCUAAAAGGUGAUAUAGGCAAGGCAUUCCUUUUGUACUCGAGAAUGGCGGAGAUAGGGUAUGAGGUGGCACAAAGUAAUGCUGCUUGGAUUCUCGACAAAUACGAGGAACAUAGUAUGUGCAUGGGGGAGUCUGGACUCUGUACUGACGCUGAAAGGCAUCAACGUGCACACGCCUUGUGGUGGAAAGCUUCUGAGCAGGGUAACGAACAUGCUGCUCUGCUUAUAGGGGAUGCAUAUUACUACGGUCGGGGUACAGAACGGGAUUUUGAUCGUGCAGCCGAAGCCUAUAUGCAUGCUAAAUCUCAGUCCAAUGCUCAAGCCAUGUUCAAUCUUGGAUAUAUGCAUGAGCAUGGGCAGGGUCUACCUUUGGAUCUACACCUUGCCAAGCGUUACUAUGACCAAGCCUUGGAAGUUGACCCUGCUGCAAAAUUACCUGUAUCUCUAGCCCUUGGCAGCCUAUGGAUACGAAGAAAUUAUGCCAACAGUUUCCUUGUUGAUAUGAUUGAUUCGCUACCUGAAGUUUAUCCAAAAGUGGAGGAUUGGGUGGAAAAUGUACUAUUGGAGGAAGGAAAUGCGACGAUUCUAACACUGUUGGCUUGCCUCUUUACGGUUCUUUUUCUACGUGACCGGCAAAGAAGACAGCCUCCUGUAGCCGCUGACUUGGCCCCACCUGAACCGAUGAUGCCAGCUGGCCGGCUGCAAUUCUAGACAAAGUAUAAUUUUUGUUGUGCAAAAAGGGAAACAUCGUAGGACGUGUCUUCACUCACUCACUCACCGAACCCAAAGGAAGGAUUCUUUUGCAGGAAGAUGUAUAGGUGUUUGUUUGAUUGGUUAAAGAGUAGCCUCUUUUUUUUUUUUUGUUUUUGCUUCAAGCAUGUUGUAAAAUAGAAAGGUGGGGGGGUUUUCACAAGGUGGAAAAGGAACAUAGAAUUUUAGUUGUAGAAUUUGGGGCUCUGAUUAAUGACACUUAAGUCAUCUCUUUUGUACAAAUUGAACAAAGAAUUGAAGAAAAAGAGAGGAUUUUGACUUUAUGAUACUUCCCUUCUUUUGCAAA